AUGCGGAUCAGAAUAUUUCUCGAAUUGAUCAAAUCAGCUUCUCCCAGGUGUCAUUACGGCUACACAAGCAAAAUAAAAACCAAUUAUAAAAAUAUAAGACCUUACAGCUCCAUAGUUUCAGAGCUGAAAAAAGCAUUAUCAGGAAAUGAUAAACGCACUUUAUAUUGGACUUCAGUUGAUAAUCCCGAUCAACAUAAUCAGAGGCACGAAUCUUUAUUUUACACUGUGCCUAAAAAUCAUUUCAAACAAUGGUUAAGUAAAGGAUUAGAAACACAUUUUUAUAGGUCAGCCAAAGCAUUUAAUGAGGCAAAUAUCAUGAUCAGAAAACCAGCUUUAGAAGUAAUUUCUUGUCUAUCUAAAGUUGAUAAAUCAUUUCCUCUACUCAAAUUUAUUCUGCAUGGAAGAAAUGGCUGUGGCAAGUCUACAUCAUUAGCUCACAUAAUACAUUAUUCUGGUGCUAAAGGUUGGAUGAUUGUACAUGUUCCUUGGGCUGCAUUUUACAACAGGUAUUCAUGUUCAGAAAUUCAGUAUUCCACUCAUUCAAAAACGAUGAGGGUCGAUCAACCCUUAGCAGCAGCCCAGUGGCUUGCAGAUUUUAAAUUACAAAAUGAAGCAUUGUUAAAAAAUUUGAAUGUUCUUGUGUCAGAUACUUAUGUAUGGAACAAGAGAGAACAGACAAUACCAAACAGCCCCAUGUUAGAAAUGAUUGAUUUUGGUCUAACUCGAGUCAAAUAUGCUACAGAUGUUAUGGGAGUUGUUCUGAAAGAAUUGAAAUUACAAUGCAAUGCAGGGAAGUUCAAAGUUCUAGUAGCAAUUGAUGGAUAUAAUGCUUUUUACGGUGACACAUUAAUUAAACAAGAGGAUAAUCGAGCCAGGAAACACAAAGCUGAGGAGUUGUCCAUAGUUCAUUUCUUCAAAAAGUUGAUAGUUCCUGAUUGGACAAAUGGUGCUGUGGUAUGCACUGUUGAUGGGAAUGCCAGCUAUCCUGCUAAGCCUCAAAGUUAUUUACCAAUUGACCUUAUUGGGCAGCAAGGAUUUGAAGAUCUGGACCCUUUUAUUCCAGUUCAUGUCGACAAUUAUUCAGAAAAAGAAUUUUUCAGUUGUAUGCAAUAUUUCUUUGAUCACAAAUGGUUUGUGAAUCCUUACAGUCAAACUGAAGAAGGUAUUAAAGAAAUCAAAAGUUUAAGUUGCAUGAAUCCAAAGGAAUUGUAUAAUUUAGGUGUAUGGAUGUAA